AUGGGCGAGCUCCCGUUUUUCAGGGCGCACACAGCCUUGCACCCGGACCACCUGUGGAUCUGGGAGAGGUCCGUGUACGUGGACGAGAACCAGCGCACCUGGCUGCCCAUAACCAUCGAGACGGAGAGUAGCCUCCAGGUACUCAUGCGUCAGGAGGAUGUGUCCCUGGGGGAGGCUGUGUGCCCCAGCCUGCUAGCCCCAUGCCCGCUGCCUUCCAUGUGGCAGCUCUACCCUGGAAGAAGAUACCGAGGCUCAGACUCGAGUUUCUGGCGCAUAGUGUACCACAUCGAGUUCAGUGGCAAGGAGGACAUGCUCCUUGAGCAGCUGCCGGACCCGGAAGAUGAGUGA